AUGCCUUACGCACCACCCACCUCGCUCAAUAAACGGAACGAAGGCAGUGCUCCAGUAUCUCCAGUACCACCAGCAAACAAUCAAAAUUAUCGUGGGUGGUCUUUGGCAAAAAUAACCUUUGGAAUUUCGAAAAAGAAGCAAGAUGAUUUAAAUAUGAAUGUUAUUAGUCAUUCGUUCGCAAAUCGUGACAGUGCUAUUAAACAAGUUAAAGAUAUAUUAUCUACUUCUCCUCAAUUAUCAUCGUCUCCAAGAAGAAAAUCUGUAUCUGAUUCAUAUACUAGAAGAAUGUCAUUUAAAGUCGACUUACCUCCUCAAAUGUCAACCGAAGUUGGUCUUUUCCCUAGAAAAAAAAGUGGGGAAUUAGUAAAACCUUCCCUUAAAAAGGGUAAAUCCGAACCAACAACCCCUACAUUUCCAAAAUACGUUCACUUUAAUACCGAUUUAGAACAAAUUAAAUUAUUCAAAGAAGCUCAAAAACCACAAGCUGUUAGUGCAGAAGUAUCUUCGGACGAUGAAUCCGAUGACGAAGAUUUUGACUUUUCGAUAUCAAAGCCUGUAUUUGUGGAAUCGGUCUUUUUGUCCUCGGAUAAACGAAAACUUUUAGGUCGUAUUCAAGUUCAAAAUAUUGCCUUUCAAAAGAGCGUUGAGGUUAGAUACACGUUUGAUUUUUGGCAAACCGUAUCGGAAGUAUCAGCCAAUUACGCUGAAGGUGUCCCGGAUAAAGAUAGCAGAAAUAGUUUUGAUCUGUUCAUCUUUGCGAUAGAAUUAAUUGAUAAUUCAAGGAAUCAAAUUGAUGGUAAAACCAUGUAUUUCGCAGUCCGUUAUAAAGUUAAUGGUCGUGAUUACUGGGAUAAUAAUAACGGAUCAAAUUAUCAAGUCAACUUUAAAAGAUUGGGAACCUCAUCGUCACAAUCAUCAUCUAACAAGUACAAAAAUUCGAAUUCAAGAACUUCUUCUACUUCUAAAUGGUCAACUCCGACAAAUAAUCGAGCGAGAAAUUUUGAAGCAGAUUCACCUCCU